CCCACUCAUUCGAAGAAGAAGAAGAAGAAGAAGAAGAAGAAGGAAUCGGUCAAUGGAUCAAGCAAUGAAGAGCGCGUUCUUCAUAUCGCACGGAUCGCCGAUGAUGUCGAUCGACGAGUCGAUUCCGGCGAGGCACUUCCUGUCGUCGUGGAAAGACACGGUGUUGCCUCAGCGGCCCAAGGCCAUCCUCAUAAUCUCCGGCCACUGGGACACCAAGGAGCCCUCCGUCAACGUCGUCGAUCGCAACGACACCAUCUACGACUUCUACAACUUCCCCAAGCCCAUGUACCAGCUCAAAUAUCCUGCACCUGGUGCUCCUGAAUUGGCAAAGAGGGUGAAGGAACUGCUCCUGGCAUCUGGGUUCAAGCGCGUCAAUGAAGACACCAAACGUGGGCUUGACCAUGGUGCUUGGGUUCCACUGAUGUUCAUGUAUCCGGAGGCUGAUGUUCCAGUGUGUCAACUCUCCAUUCAGUCUAAUAGAGAUGGUACAUAUCACUAUAACUUGGGAAAGGCAUUGGCACCUCUCAAGGAGGAAGGCGUUCUAAUUCUUGGUUCUGGAAGUACUACUCACAACUUGAGAGACAUUCAUUUUGGCAAUGCUCCUGUUCCUUCUUGGGCUUCAGAAUUUGACACCUGGCUCAAGGAUGCUCUUCUUGAAGGAAGAUAUGAAGAUGUCAACCAUUAUGACGAGAGGGCACCCCACGCCAAAAAGGCUCACCCAUGGCCAGAUCACUUUUACCCAUUGCAUGUCGCGAUGGGCGCUGCCGGUGUCAACGCCAAGGCAAAACUCAUCCACCAUAGCUGGAGUAACGGAACCCUUUCUUAUUCCUCUUAUGAAUUCACCAAGGACAGCUGAUCAAUUUAUUGUAAAAUAUGCAAUCUUGUGUAUUGCUGUUGUGCUCUCAAGUCCUGCCUUAUAAACAUUCCUGAACUUAUAUGUUUGCUAA